AUGCUAAAGAAGUCAGGAAUUCUCCUCUCAUCAUGCAGUAAUCUGCAAUGCUAUUAUGCAUCGUCCCACAUAUCAACGACGUCACUAUCUUAUCCAUUCACAUCGCAAAAUCAUCAACCUCAAUACCUCUCCCGACGACGAAAAUAUGCCAUAGUAUCCGAUGGACGAAGCGCAAAUCAACAUGGAGGAUUACGAUGGCCUGAAUUGACAUCCGCACAUGCCGUUCCAACUCCCUACCAGAUCUUCAAUCAAAAGAAAGGAUCUCCAUAUUCCAAACGACGUUUCUACGAAUUGGUCAAACUUUAUCAUCCGGAUAAACAUGGCAUUGAUACAAACGAUGGAUUAGACUACGACACCAAAUUAUCACGAUAUAGAUUAAUUAUUGCAGCGAACGAUAUCCUCUCUAAUCCCGUCAAACGGAGUGCAUAUGAUACAUAUGGCGCAGGCUGGAAUGGAUGUCCUGAUGUUCUCGAUCCUCGCGAUAGACAUGGUGAUAAUCGUGGAUGGGCGGGUCCCGGAGGACCUGCUCAGAAUGCUACAUGGGAAGAUUGGGAGAGAUGGUACAAACGCGAUGCCAAAGGACAACAGGAACCACAAUUUUUAUCAAAUGGCGCAUUUGUCUUGUUGAUCGCAAUUUUUGUUGUGGUAGGUGGGCUAGGACAAUUGACUCGACUGGAUAAUUAUUCGAUGAAGUUUUUGGAACAGAGAGACACGUUACACGACAAGAUGAGUAAGGAUUUGAGGCAGAGGAGGAAGGAGACAAAGUAUGAAUUUGGGAGUCGGGAAGAGAGGAUACAUAGCUUUUUGAGGCAGAGACAGGAUCCGCUGGAGGAAACUUAUAGAAAGUUGUUGCCGAAUCCCGAGAUUUGCUCAAGUAAGGAUAUUAAGCAGAGGUCGAUGGUGGUGUAUCAGCCACCAAAGAAUAUGCCAAAGGAAUGA